AUGGGUGAGCCAGAGUUUAAGUACAUCGGAAACAUGCACGGCAACGAGGCGGUCGGACGGGAACUCAUCGUCUACCUGGCCCAGUACCUCUGUAACCAGUACCAACAGGGCAACGAGUCGAUCAUCGAUCUGAUCCACACCACACGUAUCCACCUGAUGCCCUCCAUGAACCCUGAUGGCUUUGAGAAGGCUGCCUCCCAGUCGGGGGAGCUGAAGGAUUGGUUCGUUGGUCGUAGUAACGCCCAGGGGGUUGACCUGAACAGGAACUUCCCUGACCUGGACCACAUCGUCUACGGCAACGAGAAGGAGGGCGGAGCCAACAACCACCUGCUCAACAACAUGAAGAAGGCCGUCGACGAAAAUACCAAG